AUGGCGAUGGAGCGGGCGAAGGACCGCAUGCAGGAUGUGAUGGGCGUGGCCAAGGACAAGGCCCGCCUGAUGAAGAUCAAGGCCGCAGACAAGGAGUUCCCCGACAUCGACGUCGCUCUGACGAAGGCGACGUCCCACGACAAGGUCCCUCCGAAGGAGAAGCACGUCGUGACUCUCAAGCAGGCCGUGGGCUACGGCUGCAGCCCGGGACAGGACAGCAUCCUGGACUACGUGUGCCGGCAGAUCGGCAAACGAAUCCAGCGCGUCGGCGCGGACUUCAUCGUCCAGACGAAGCUCCUGACGGUCGUGCACCGGCUCUUCCGCGAGGCCGACGUCGGCCUGCAGACCUACAUGAUCAGCUGGAUGCAGCGCAUGGGGUGCACCGACCUCCUCGACAUGCACCGCUUCCGGGACGCGUCCUCGCAGGUCGCGCAGUCGCACUCGACCUUCAUCCGCCUCUACUCCGCGUACCUCCACGAACGCCUCGCGCUCUACUCUAAGAAACGCACGGACGUGUUCCGCGGCACCAUCUCGUUCUCCGCGGACGACCACCGCGGGCUGCUCGAGGACCUCCCGCGCGUGCAGCUGGUGCUGUCGCGGCUGGUCGACGUGCUGCCCACGGGCGCCGCGACGGGCUCCGACAUGGUCAUCUUCCCCCUCCGCAUGGUCGUCAAGGAGUCCUUCCACCUCUACAGGAUCAUGGCCGAGGGCGUCGUCGCGCUCUGCGACGCCUUCUUCAACAUGGCCCCGGACGACGCCGCCGAGGCCGUCUCCAUCUACCGCGAGGCGUCGAUCCUCAUCGAGCGCCUGCAAACCUUCUGGCGCGCCGUCCGCAACCUCGGCGCUGGUACCAGGGACCUCCAGUUCCCCGCCGUCCAGCCCCUCCCCGCGGGGUUCCUCGAACAGAUGGAGAGCUACCUCCGCGACGCCAUGGAGCAAAUCCACGGCGCGCCCUCGGGCGGCGCGGCGGCGCGGCCCGCGGGGCCGCGGAGGCCGAUCGCGCACUUCAACCCCAUCAUGUCGAAGGUGUACGGGCGUCCGGGGCCCGGGGGGCCCGCGCCGGCGGCGCUGCCCGCGCCGCAGCAGCCGCUGGGGCUCCCGGCGCCGCAGCAGGGGGCCGCCGUGCUGCCGGACCCGGUCCCGGAGCAGCAGUACUCGCCGCCGCCUCCUCGUGAGCAGGCGCCGCCGCCGCAGCCGCCGUCGGCGGCGGACCAGCUGUUGCUGGAGCUGGGGGACUUGGACGUGAGCGGCGGCGGGGCGGUGGCGGCUGCGCCGCCGCAGGCGCACGCGGCCGCGCAGGGCGGCGACGACGGAUCGUUCUGGGCGGCGAUGGACGGCGGCGCGGCGCCCGCGGCGCCCGCGGCUGCUGCGCGCCCCAGCCACGAGCCGCAGAACUCGUGGGGGGGGUCCGAGGCGCCGUCGUCGGUGCCGACGGCGCGGACGCCCGCGCCGUCGACGCGCUUCGACACGGACGCGCUCGGGGCGCCGGCGGGGGCGUCGCCGCAGCCGGAGCCGGGCGUGGCAGGGGGGAGCUUCUGGGACACCCCCGCCGCGAGCGCGAGCGCGGGCGUGUCCACGGCCCCGGCUGCGUACUACAGUCAGCCGCACUUCGCCGCGCCCGUGCAGUCCAUGCCCGCGCCGCAGCAGUUCCAGCAGCAGCAGUACGGCCAGCAGCAGACCCAACCCUACCAGCAACAACAGACGUACCACCAGCAGCCCCCUGCGUACCAGCAGCAGCAGCCUCCUGCAUACCAGCCGCCGCAGCCGCCUGCGUACCAGCCGCAGCAGCCACCUGCGUACCAGCCGCCGGAGCCCCCUGCGUACCAGCAGCAGCCGCCAGCUUACCAGCAGCCGGGAUACCAGCAGGCGGGGUACGGAGGCGGCGUGCAGGGCAAUGCUCCUGCCGCGCAGUACGUGAGCCCGUCCAACCCCUUCGCGGCCCAGCCGGGCCCCGCGCCCACGCCGUCUGCGGCGCCGAUGCUCUCCGGCCCCGUGGCCGCAACGGCGCGUGCGCCCCCGGGGACCUCCGCGCCGUCAGCGCAGCAGCAGGCGCGCGUACAGGCCGGGCUCGUCGACCCGCUCGACUUUGGCCUGACCAAGAAGAGCGGUCCGGCACAGCCCAAGGCAAUGUCGAUGCGGGCGCAGCAGGCGCGGCAGCAGUAG